AUGACGUUCCAGGAGAGCCCAUUGCCAGCACUGGAUCAGCUGCGUCAAGGGAGUCCAGAUGGUUCCUCAAGAAUGCUUUCCCAAUGGCGAGGAGAGAUAUGGCAGGAUACUAGGAGAAGGUGUUUGAAGCUUGUAGCUGCUAUUGGCAGGACAAGCAUAUGUCCUGUUCCUCACUCCUUCUCUCCACGUGCAGUUGCAACAGCCUUGUUUGCGGGAUAUGUUGGGUUUGCUGCAAAUUCUUUUCCUGGCCCAAGUCUUGAAAGUGAAGAUUUUAACAUACCUCCUAUAACUCCUCCGUCAUUGCCUGACCACUCCCUGGUGCACUUGAAUGAGAUAGAGUCUGGGUACCACUCUCUGUGUCAUCCCAUGAACCACAACGGCCUCCUUCCAUUCCACCCACAAAACAUGGAUCUACCCGAAAUUACAGUUUCCAACAUGCUUGGCCAAGAUGGGGCACUCCUUUCCAAUUCUCUCUCUGUGAUGCAAGAUUUACGGAAUACAGAAGGAGCCCAGUAUAGUUCCCAUCCUCAGAUGGCAACCAUGAGGCCAAGGGUUCAACCUGCAGAUAUUAGGCAGCCAGGAAUGAUGCAGCACGGGCAGCUGACUACUAUUAACCAGUCCCAGCUCAGUGCACAGCUUGGUUUGAAUAUGGGUGCAAACAAUGUUCCUCACAACUCGCCCUCUCCACCUGGAAGCAAAUCUGCAACUCCUUCACCAUCCAGUUCAGUCCAUGAAGAUGAAGGAGAAGAUAGCUCUAAGGUCAAUGGUGGAGAGAAGAGACCUGCUUCAGAUAUGGGAAAGAAACCCAAAACUCCCAAAAAGAAGAAGAAGAAGGACCCAAAUGAGCCACAGAAGCCUGUGUCUGCUUAUGCAUUAUUCUUUCGAGACACUCAAGCAGCCAUCAAAGGCCAAAACCCCAAUGCUACUUUUGGUGAAGUCUCAAAAAUUGUAGCUUCAAUGUGGGACGGCUUAGGAGAAGAACAAAAACAGGUAUACAAAAAGAAAACUGAAGCUGCCAAGAAGGAAUAUCUGAAGCAGUUAGCUGCCUACAGAGCAAGCCUUGUAUCCAAGGUAACAUAUAAU